AUGUCAGGAAACACACCACCUACGAUCUACCCUCCCGGCGCUAUGUCCAUGCCUCGCCCUACCAUGACUCCUCCUGGUGCCCCUCUCAACGCUCCUCCCGGCGCUCCUCCACAGUCGACUCUAGCCUAUGGCGCAUCUCUCAACAACCUGCUACAAGCGCUCAUCCCUCAAGGACCUCCCGUAAUCCGACGCCCGAUGUUCGCCGCAGCAUCACGCCAGGCCCCUCUCCCCGCCGGAUAUCCAGCUCCCGUCUUCGUCGACCCUAUGUUGGCUCACAUCAAGCACAUGACAGAUACGUUCCACGCCGCCGCUACGAACGAUCCUAACUUUUACAAGAUCUACUGCGACGUGCGAAAUGCUGAAAGUCCAUACUCCGCCUUCCCAACUCUGGCUUUCUUCCUCAGACUCCAUCUCCAGGUCAGCUGGAUUGAUCUUCUCGAGCGCCACAACCGUCAGAACGAGGUCGAAGGAGACACGACCCGUCUGAUUAGUGAACGUAAAGAGCUUAUUGGAUGGCUCGUCAAGCGUGACCAGACUCUCAAACCUCGCGCCGGUCGUUACCUUGCCGGUCAGCUGGCUAGAUUCGCGACCCUAGACUUUGACCCCAGCCAAGUCACCCCACUCAUCGCCCUCCUCGACCACCUUUACGUCCAUGAAAACAGACUCUUCUUCGGACCCAACAACAUUCGCGCCCCUGCCAGAAACGAGUACCGCAUCCAAGUGGUUACCUACCUGGACUACGAGGGCGGUGAGGCUAAGAUUGUUGAGGAUGUCAACAUUUCUCAGAGAAUUAGCGUGUUCGAGCUACACGACAUGCUGUCCACGCUCACCCGAAACAUACAGGCUGCUCAAUUUGACUACAACUAUGGCUUCCAGAGUGGUGGCUACCAUGGCCACUGGGUGUAUUGGGCCAAUGAGACUGGAGACCCGUAUGGAUGGGCUCGCGCACUGGAAUGUGAGGCUCAGUUGGAGGAAAUGAAGGACUUUCUAGAUGAAGGCCUAAAAAUCAUCAUCAAGCACACCAAGCAGAUCGAGGUGGAAGAGAACCUGCAGGUGGCAGAUGCGCUGGGUUUGGGGCUGGACCGCCCCUUCGAGUGGUGUAUCCCCUUGCCACCGGGGUACACCUCCGUCAUCAUGGGAGAAUAUCCCAACAGCAAGGUGUUCUCCCUGCUGAGCGGAGGCUCGGCAGAAGGCGGUCCAGCUCCUGCGGUGGAGCACACGAGGGGCGAGCGUUCGGUGCUGGCUCACCAGCACCAAGUCUGGCUGCGCAAGCAGAAACAGAAGAACCAGAAGGCUCGUGCCUUCGAGAUCAGAAGCAAGAAGGCCUGA